AAAAAAUCAUUAUUAUUAUAUUUAAAUGAUUCAAAUUUUAAAUCUAAAAUUGACUAUUAUGAUGAAAAAUUGAAAUCUGUAUUUGGUUUUUCAAUGAUAAAAAAAUGUCUUGAAGAAGAGGAUGAUAUUGCCUUAAGAAGAAACCAACAUUUUACACAUGGUAUGCUUUUUAUAUAUCAAGUAUCGUUAUAUUUUUAUUUUAUUGAAAAAACCAAAAGAGUACCUGAUAUAAUAUUUGGUGUUAGCUGUGGUGAAAUGGCAGCUGCAUUUUGUUCAGAACUUAUAAGUUUUGAAACUGCAUGUUAUAUUUUGUAUAAUAGGUCGUGUUUAUUAUCAAAAACAAUUUCUUUCAAUGGUGCAUCAAUUGCAACAAGAUUGAAUGAAAAACAAUUUUUAGAAGAAUAUUUGCCUCAGUUCCCAGAUUUACAAAUCAUUGCAUAUAUUAGUGGUAGAUCAAGUAUAAUCGGUGGAAAAAAUAGUGAAAUUCUAAAGUUUAAAAAACAAUUAGAGGAUAAAAACAUUCAGUGUAUGAUAGUUAAUGAAGGUGCGUGUUUUCACACAAAGCAUAUUUCAAUGAUAAAGGAUGAUAUAUUACAAUUAGAAUUUGAACAUAAAAAACCAAUAACCAAAGUAAUGUCCAAUGUAAAUCUCAAAUUUUUCAAUGAUACAGAUAACAAAUAUGAUAAAUAUCAUCUCUAUGAAAAUUUAACAAAUCCAUGUAGACUUCUACAGACCUAUCAAGAAAUUUUCAAAUAUGCUGAAGAUAACAACUACACCAAUGUUAUAAUAAAUGAACUAUCACCAAAAAGUUUUGUAUCUGGUACUUUUAUUAAAGAAGAUAUUGUUCCAACCACAUCCUUUAAAUAUUUAUCAAAUGCAUCAAUUCAUGUAAUUCCCACCAAUAAUAUUACCGAUAUGGAAACUAUUCACAACAAUAUAAAUAAUUUAAUUUAUUUAUCUGAUAAUUUAUAA